UUCUCCCAAGUACUCGAGAUCCCGACCGACGGGAAGUAAAGGCAAGAACCAGACUGCAAUUUAGGGUUCGUCUCUCACAUUGUCUCUCUCUCAACGGUCGGUGUUCUCCUCUCGCACAACCAAUAUGGCGAUGGCUGCUCUGAGAAGGGAAGGGAGGCGUCUCCUCCUCCCUAUGGCAUCCCAAGCUACGAUUGGAGCUGCACGAUCAGGCCUCGUUGCUGAGGAGAUGGUCCCGUUUGGAGCACGUUCUAUUUCAACCCAAGUUGUUAGGAAUCGGAUGAAAAGUGUGAAGAAUAUUCAGAAGAUCACGAAGGCAAUGAAAAUGGUUGCAGCCUCAAAACUACGGGCGAUUCAAAGCAAGGCAGAAAAUUCACGUGGCUUGUGGCAGCCAUUUACUGCACUUCUCGGGGAUGCUGCUGGUGUUGAUGUAAAGAAGAGUGUUAUUGUCACAAUUUCUUCUGACAAAGGUCUUUGUGGUGGGAUCAACUCAACAUCUGUGAAGGUCAGCAAAGGACUUCACAAGGUGACUUCCGGUCCUGAUAAGGAGGUAAAGUAUGUGAUUCUGGGAGAGAAGGCGAAAGUGCAACUUGUACGUGAUUCCAGGAAGGACAUCGAGAUAUCCAUAACAGAAUUGCAGAAGAAUCCAUUAAAUUUCACCCAGGUGGCUGUUCUUGCAGAUGAUAUCCUGAAGAAUGUCGAAUAUGAUGCUUUGAGGAUUGUCUUUAACAAAUUUCAUUCUGUUGUCUCUUUCAUUCCCACAGUGACAACUGUAUUAUCUCCUGAGACUGUUGAAAGAGAGUCUGAAGGAGGAAUGCUUGGUAAUCUGGACUCGUAUGAAAUAGAAGGGGGUGAAACCAAAGCAGAAGUUCUUCAGAAUCUAACUGAAUUUCAGUUUGCUUGUGUCCUUUUCAACGCGAGUUUGGAGAAUGCAUGUAGUGAGCAAGGAGCAAGGAUGUCUGCUAUGGAUAGUUCAAGCAGAAAUGCUGGGGAAAUGCUUGACCGGCUCACUCUUACGUAUAACAGAACCCGUCAAGCUUCUAUCACAACGGAACUCAUUGAGAUUAUAUCGGGUGCAUCUGCACUGGAGGGCUAAUCAUUGGAUUGCCGCACCUUUGCUACAUAGCAGCAGUCACUUUGAUCAAUUAUUUGUGGUGCUUUUCACAGACCGGUUUCCCACUGAGUUGCUAAUAAAAGAAACAUUUCCCUUUGAUCAAUGUCAUAGCGGAAAUUUCUUGUCCACAUUUUGGUAUUUAGAUUCAAGAUCUGCCUUUUGUCGAAUAUCCAUCUCUGGAACUUUUGAUUGUGAGAAUCUAUACUUGAAAAAGGAGCAAGACGGUGUUGUAUAA